UUUUGUUUUUUGUUUUUUUUAAACCCUACAAACACACUCCAAGUGUCGGUCGAGGCACGCCCCUACCCCCUGCCCUCGAAAUGCUUGGAAUGAGGAUGCGCCUUGUUGGUCACGUGACACCGCCGUCCAGUGUGUCCUCGCCAGGCAACGGUCCUAGAGACCGACAACACCGUUUGCCGCAGCAUGAACGUGAUCUACCCUCUUGCGGUGCCCAAGGGGCGCCGGCUCUGCUGUGAGGUGUGCGAAGCGCCAGCCGAGCGGGUCUGCGGGGCCUGCACAGUCACUUACUACUGUGGUGUGGUUCAUCAAAGAGCUGAUUGGGGCAGCAUCCAUGAGAAGAUAUGUCAGCUCCUGAUUCCCCUGCGCACUUCCAUGCCCUUCUACAACUCAGAGGAAGAACGGCAGCAUGGCCUGCAGCAGCUGCAGCAGCGGCAGUUUUUUUUUCCACAGAAGCAUUUGAUCGAAUUUUGCUACACCGUCGCCCAGAAAUAUAUCUUUGAAGGAAAACAUGAAGAUGCUGUCCCGGCAGCUUUGCACUCUCUUCGCUUCCGCAUGAGUGUUCAUGGCCUGAGUUCAGUAGAGCUGGUACCUGCUUACCUGCUGUUGGCCGAGGCCAGCCUUGGUCUGGGCCGGAUCGUCCAGGCUGAGGAAUAUCUAUCCCAAGCGCAGUGGACAGUCCUCAAAUCAACUGAAUGUUGUUAUGCCACCCACUCCUUACUGCAUCGGAACCUGGGACUUCUCUACAUGGCUAAGGAAAACUAUGAGGAAGCCCGUUAUCAUCUGGCCAAUGAUAUUUAUUUCGCCAGUUGUGCAUUUGGAACAGAGCACAUCAGGACCUCAGGAGGCUACUUCCACCUGGCUAAUAUCUUCUAUGGCCUUAAAAAGUUGGACCUGGCAGACACAUUGUACACCAAGGUCUCUGAGAUCUGGAAUAAAUAUUUGAACAAUCACUAUCAAGUCCUCUCACAGGCUCGCACCCAACAAAUAGAUCUACUAGGCAAGCAAUUUGAGACCGACACUGGCUUGGAUGAAGCCCAGGAAGCAGAAGCCAUUCAGAUCCUGACUUCAAUCUUGAACAUUCGAGAAUCUACAUCUGACAAAGCCCCCCAAAAAACAAUCUUUGUUCUAAAAAUCCUGUUCAUGCUUUACUACCUGAUGAUGAAUUCUUCAAAGGCAAAGGAAUACGCCAUGAGAGGCCUGGAUCUAGCCAAAGAACAGCAGCUCAGUGUCCAUGAACAAAACACCAUUCAAGACUUACUAAAUCUCAUCUCAGCUGAGGAAACUCAUCCCAUUACAUAGUGACCCAAGAGCUCUGCAUCAUGGACUAUUGAGCAUCUAAUGUAUUCCAGCCUUGCAUAGCUGCUUUGAGGUGCUAUGAAUUGCUGAAGUGCCCACCCUCUUCCCCUGGGAUUGCACUCAUAGCUGUGUUUUUAUUGUUUCACAGCAUAUGUUGGGGAAUAUAGAGCUUUUGGCAUAGAAAUCAGUAAAACUCUUGUUUAUCAUGACUUUGAUAAACUCUUGUGUAUCACGACUUUGAAUAAUGUGCUACCAGUUCACUAACAAGGUAUUUAUAAUUAAACUGCAAAUAGUUUAUCCUAUUUCUCAGAGGUCUCCCAGUGAUGCAUUCUUCAUAGAUCUUUGCCAAAGAAAGGGGUAGGGAAUAGAGCUAUACUGGAGUAAAGUUUCUCUAUUCUACUGUAAUUAAGUUAGCAUUAAUCUGAGGUAGAUUGUGAUUAAAAUGCCCAUUAUAAUUCCUAGAGCAAUCACUAAGGAAAGUAAUCUAAAAAACAGUUAAAAUCAACAAGGAAAUUAAAAUGGUACACUAGAAAAGAUCCACUUAAUGCAAAAGAAGACAGUAAAGGAGGAAUGGAGGAACAAAAAGAUGUGAGACAUAUGGAAAACAAAUAGCAAAAUGCAGACAUAAAUUGUAGGUCUUUGCCAGAAAAGGCCCCUGGGCCUUUCAAGGAGCUCCAGUAUGGAUUGGCCGAGUUACCAUUCCACAUUGGUGUCUCUUUUCUCAGACAAUUAUUUGAAGGGGAUGUGAGCCAUAUACUGUCUAGGGGGGAAGUACUCUGGAAGGUCCCCUGUGAUGUAGGGGACAGAGUGUAGGCAUUGGAGCAGACAUGCCUGGGUUCAAAUCCCAGCUUUCUCACGUAACAGCUCUGUGACCUUGAUUCACCGCCUCCCACCCCUCCACACACACCCAACCUCCUCAUUAUGUUCUAAAAUGGCCCAGGUGUGGCCAUGGCUGUAUCAGCUAGUGCCAUCGAGGACUCUGGUCAUUUAGCGCAUCCUUUUUUUCUCCAGACUCACUAAGCAGCCUGCCCAUUACCACUUUGCUUCCUGGGUAGAUCUGUACCAGGGAGAGGUUAUGCAAAUCAAAGACCUGUGGGAGAGUUUUAUGUUCCUCACUUACAUUAAUUCCCUCAGGCACAUAUAAUAAAAAUAUGUCAGAUGGCCACCCUGCACCUUCAGGUCUAGGUAAAAUCCGCUUGGGGCAUUCUUAUGCUUCUGCAAGAUGGCUGUGAAGUCCCAGGGCCUUACUUUUCUGUCUCUCACUUCAGUUUUUAGCAUCGAUUAUCAAUACUUUGUCACUCUCCACAUCUUGUCUUGUAGCUGUUUUUUUCAUCUCUUUAGGGACACAUCCCUUCUUCUUGAUUCUCACCUCCUAACCCCAGAUAUGAGCCAGCUCCUUCAAAUAGAUGUUGAAUGAAGAUUGGAGUGAGGAGAAGGACCAAUGGCUCUUCGGCAGAUAAUUUAAAAGAAAAUAUUAGAACUUCCUUAUUCUAAAAAAAUCCUUCAAAGUCCAUUUCAUUAAACUCUAGUUCUCUUCUUUACCAUAGUCAUUGGCCCCUUUCUCUUUUUCCCCCCUCCCUUAUCUGUUUUCUGUUCUCUCCACCCCUGAAUUCUGUUCAUGAUUCCUUUCCCAUCGAGUAUAUUUAUAAAAUUACUGUUUCAAUUUAUUGUUCCUAUUGACUGAUUUUCCUCUUGGUUAUGGCUCAUAAUUUUCUGCUUUUUCACAUCAUG